GAUGAUAAAAGCAGCGUGAUGAAAUUCCCACAAAACCUCUUCUUUCAGCUAGAAAAUUGACACGUGGUAACUUAUACAAGCAGGAAAUUCAUUUAUAAUAAGGAAAUGGACCAGACUAUUUGUUAUUUUUUAAAAGAAACAAUAUAUCUGCGUGAAUAUAAACUUCAAAUUGGUAUUAAUCAGUGAGCAACCCGACUCUAGAAACGGCAGUCUGCUCUGUAGAAGAUAGUCUACGAGGCAGUCUUAGCAAAGCGGAGUUAAGGCCUAGCUCUACUGAUCCAGUCUUCUUAUUGGACUUAAAUUGAAAUUAAAAUUUGGAAGCCAGAGACAAGAAAGAAGCAUGAAACUGCUGUGUUUCUUGGUGUUUAUCUUGUGGCUUUGUGCUCACGAUACCACCACAGAAGAGAUCUUUACUGCAGCUAAAAGAGGUUUAGAGAACAUCGAACCCAACAAAAACUUUCAAGAAUUUUUCGAGAGAUUUUUUGAAAACUCAAAGCAUUAUCGAGGCUCCCCUCUACCACCUCGUUUAGACCUCGUGUUCAUCGUGGACAGCUCAUCUUUAGUUGGCAUUAAACAGUUCAGGUCUUUGAAAGCAUUUAUUCAAAGUCUUGUGAGUGAGUUCAGCGUGUCACCAUCCACUACAAGGAUUGGUCUUAUUCUGUGCUCCGAGAAACCUUCUCUCGAAUUUUCUAUAAACUAUUUUGUGAAUAAGGAAUGUACAGUGAAAUCGAUGAAAAAAGCAAGAUUCCUUGGUGGUCACCAAUGUAAUCUUGGUUCUUCCUUACAUAUGGCUCAUCAGAUAUUGUCCAAGGCAAGGGGAACGACGUCAUUACGUUACCGGCCAAAGCCAAUUGUCGUCAUUUUGAGCGCUAGCCCACAUGUUAACAAUUCUAGAGCACUGUUAGCUUUUAAAAAGCUAAGGGAUUUUAAAACCGAGAUGUUUUUUCUAUGGCUUGGUAAACCUGUACCUAAAGACAAAUAUAAAUCAAUUUUCCCUAUUCCGCUUCACUAUCUAGCGAUGAAAUCUCCAUCAGAGAUGAAAAAUCACUUGACGGAAUUCGUGAAGAGCAGACUUAGAGGGCUGAACCCACAAACCUGUAAUACCACAGGUACAGUAUAUGACGAGUGCAGACGUCGAUGCCGUUGUUCUAACGGCCAAAUGAUCGACUGUUAUCGUGUACGAAAAGAGUUCACUUCCAUGACAUUAGAAGAACGUCGUUUGUACAUCCACGCCCUCAAGACCGUCUCUUCAKUGCAGCCUUACAAACGGAUGUACGAUACAUUGACAACCUACCAUCCCCAAUGGUUCGUAAAGGUUCAUCGUCUCAAUUAUUUCUUUCCAUGGCAUCGAUGGUAUAUCUUUAUAUUUGAGAACUUUUUACGUCAAGUAGAUUGUCGUGUUACGGUACCGUACUGGGACUGGAGCCGCGCGGUAAGCGAUGGACGUCUAUGGAGGAAUAAAUAUCUUUAUGAUAUUUGGUACCCAGGUCCUCACGGCAUUGGAGGAAACGGCCAAGGGAAGAGCCUGUGCGUUGAGAAUGGUCCGUUUCGUGAAGGUGCAUGGACACCCUCGGCAUUUUUGAAUCAGUCUUGUCUGACACGAGAGUUCAAUGACUGUUAUGCCAUCGAUCUACCAAACCGCACAGAUACGGACAAAUAUCUGGAAUUGCCAUACGAUGAAUUCCAAUAUUUCGAAGCAAAUGUUCGUGAAGUUAUGCAUGAUAAUUUUCACAACGCUGUUGGGGGGAUAAUGUCAUGGGACGAGUCUGCCAAUGCUCCAGAGUUCUGGUUUCAUCACGCGUUCCUCGACAAAACUUGGUCUGACUGGCAGGACCGCGGGCGCAAGUUUACAUAUCAAUAUUUUCCAAGCAUCAAAUCAAACUUACCUGGUACUCGCGUCAAAGGUACUGAUUUUAUUGACUUAUCGAAACAGCCAUUGUGUGUGAGGGUACAAUAUGAUCCAGUCAUAGACUCUGAUUUUCCUGACAAUAAACCCGACCCAACAGUAAAAGCUGCAAAAUCAAUAUUUAACUGCGGCGACGACGACGAAGAAUCCAAGGACGAUGAGAUUAAUUACGAUAAUGAUAACAACGAAAAUAUUCAGUACAAUAAUGGUAAUUGAGGUCGUUAGCACCUGAUGCCUUCCUGUAUCAAAUGUAUAUAUUUACAGAGACCCCAAAAUAAUGUCCCACGACUCCAGAAUAGAUUUAUUUCAGAUUUUGCCAGCAGGCUGGUGCUGUACGAUAGGACUUAGGGUCCCCUUACAGUUACAUUGCACCAAUUUCCAACCCCGUAAAAUACCCAUAGCCAUCUCACAAUCAACCCUUUACAUGAUUAGUAAAGGCCAGACACGACGGUGGUCACUGCAUGCCAGGGUUUUACGAGGCCCUUAAACUUGCAGGUCACGUGAUUCUACUUCCUUAAAACGAGGAGAUGUGUCAAAAAUAAACACCAACAAUGAAGGGAAUACCAUGAAUAUUAGUAAGAAGGCGGAGUUUUUAAACUUAAUAGCCCAUGGUAUGUGAUAUAAAAGAAAUUCCACUAAAAUAAAAUCAAUAUAUUUUGAAA